AUGGGUGGCAGUGGGCAGACUGGCACUCACACUUAUCAAUCCUUCGCUGACAGCUGCCCGUUUGGCUCUGUGGAGCCAUCCAAAAGACCCACGGGGAGACUCAUCAUGCAUAGCAUGGCCAUGUUCGGCCGGGAGUUUUGUUACGCAGUGGAGGCGGCAUAUGUGACCCCAGUCCUGCUCAGCGUGGGCCUUCCCAAGAGCCUGUACAGCAUGGUGUGGCUUCUCAGCCCCGUGCUGGGGUUCCUGCUGCAGCCCGUGGUGGGGUCAGCCAGCGACCACUGCCAGUCCAGGUGGGGCCGCCGGAGACCUUACAUCCUCACGCUAGCCAUCAUGAUGCUUUUGGGCAUGGCCCUGUACCUCAAUGGAGAUGCUGUUGUGUCAGCUUUGAUUGCUAACCCAAGGAAGAAGCUGGUGUGGGCCAUAAGCAUCACCAUGAUAGGUGUGGUUCUCUUUGAUUUUGCUGCUGACUUCAUUGAUGGGCCAAUCAAGGCCUACUUAUUUGAUGUAUGCUCCCAUAAGGACAAGGAAAAGGGCCUCCACUACCAUGCUCUCUUCACAGGUUUCGGGGGUGCCCUGGGUUACCUUUUGGGUGCCAUAGACUGGGCCCAUCUGCAGCUGGGAAGACUGCUGGGCACAGAAUUCCAGGUCAUGUUCUUCUUCUCUGCCUUGGUGCUCACUCUGAGCUUUAUUAUGCAUCUAUGCAGCAUCCCCGAAGCCCCACUCAGGGAUGGUGCAAAAGACAUGGACGCACAACAGUCCCUCACGGAGCCCCCGCUGUCGUCAGAUGGAAUGCACGACUAUGGCUCCAUGGAGAAAGUUAGAAAUGGUUCUGUAAACCCGGAACCGGUCAUGUGCAGAGGGAAAAUCAAAAAACCCUCUGAGCAGACUCGGAAGGCAAUGACCAUGAGGUCACUCCUGAGGGCACUGGUCCACAUGCCUCCCCACUACCGCUACCUUUGUGUCAGCCACCUCAUUGGAUGGACUGCCUUCUUGUCCAACAUGCUCUUCUUCACAGAUUUCAUGGGUCAGAUUGUAUAUCAUGGAGAUCCUUACAGCAUGCACAACUCCACUGAAUUUCUCAUCUAUGAAAGAGGAGUAGAGGUUGGAUGUUGGGGAUUGUGCAUCAAUUCGGUGUUUUCUUCACUUUAUUCUUACUUUCAGAAAGCUUUGGUAUCCUACAUUGGAUUAAAGGGGCUUUACUUCAUGGGGUAUUUGCUGUUCGGCUUGGGGACAGGAUUCAUUGGACUUUUCCCCAAUGUCUACUCCACCCUGGUCCUGUGUGCCAUGUUCGGUGUAAUGUCCAGCACCCUGUACACCGUACCUUUUAACCUCCUUGCCGAGUACCACCGAGAGGAAGAGAAGGAGCAAAGGCAGCAGGUCCAGGGAGGAGGCCUGGAUGGCAGGGGGCGAGGCAAGGGCGUGGACUGCGCUGCCCUCACCUGCAUGGUACAGCUGGCUCAGAUCCUGGUCGGAGGCGGCCUGGGCUUUCUGGUCAACACGGCAGGGAGCGUCAUCGUUGUGGUAAUCACAGCCUCUGCAGUGGCACUCAUUGGCUGUUGCUUUGUGGCACUUUUUGUUAGAUACGUGGAUUAG